CAGAUUAAAGUUCUUAUUUUGAUGGACGCUUAGUUCUUUGAACGGCUGCGGAGGGGAAUCAAUGGCAAGCGAUGCACAAGAUGGGAUUAAGACAGUGGAGUGCUUGAGAGGGAGGCUGCUUGCAGAGAGAGAGGCUUCCAAGACUGCUAAGGCUGAAGCAGACCACAUGGCUAAAAGGUUAGCAGAGCUAGAGAAGCAGCUGGAGGACGAGAUGAAACACAGGGAAAGAGCUGAGAAAAGGCUGAAGCUUGCGUUGAAGAAGCUGGAUUCCCUCAAGGUAUUGGACUUUCCCUGUCAAAUGGAUCUGUCCGAUAGUUCAGCGAGCUCAACUUCCCCAAACAGAUGCUUUCUGAAUAAAGGGAGAUUUGAGAAAUGGAAGGAUUUAGGGCAAUGUGGGUCACCUGGGAGGGAUCUUAUUAAAGAUAAUGGAUCUCUGAACUCUUUUAAGGCUUCAGCAUAUCAGUUAGUUUCUCAGGAUGGGAGCUGGAGUUCUGUUGGGACAGCGAAUUCUUGUAACAAGGAAGCCUCUGAAGGAGAUGAAGGAAGCAACAGUAGCGUCUCCCAAGAAUAUGCUGAUGGUCCUGUGAGGCAAUCUUCAGAAAAAUCUGAAAAACUGGACUGCAAUGACAACCCAAUGGAGCAUCAUAUUGAAGAAAGGCUGGCUAUUGUUCCAGUGAGCAUGCCUCAAGAACCAGCAGCCAGUAAUCCAGAAAUCAAAAAUAAUGUUUAUGAUGUUCUUUUUGCUCUUAGGCAUUUGAGAGAGCAAUUGGAGAACUCCAUAGGAAGAACAGUUGCCCUCUAUUCCUCGAAAGAACUCCAUGGCCAACAAAGAACUUCCACAAUUUCUAUGAAUGCUGCACCUAGCAAGUAAUUUUACCAGGUAUUCUAAAUAGGCUUAAGAUUGUUUAUAUUAUGGUUUUGUUAUGGAGAGUAUCGCUGUAGGAUCUAUCAAAUAAGGCGUUUGUAUUUAUCCUGACUCUGAGGCUUGGGUUCUGUUAAGUCAAGUGUUAAGGAUGCUUAUCUUAAGCUUGCUUGUUUUGGAUUGAUAGUACUUUUUUUUUUUGUAUUGUUAUUCCAUAUUUUGAAUAAUUUUCUUAGAAGAGUUUAUAUA